AUGGAAUUAAAGACAACAGAUGAUGAAAAUGAAAAAGCAAUUUGUCAAAAUUUAACAAAAACAGACUUACUUGCUAUAAAAAGAAAAAUUUUUGAAAUUCGCCAAGCUUUAGAUAGGUUAAAAUCUAAAGCAAGUUGUGCAAAAAAGCAUAAUCCCAAUGAUUUAAAAAUAUCCAUAAAUAAAUGGAAGAUUGUUUGCCAAAAUGCACUUCAAAUAAUUUAUUCAGAACUUAAAGAAAGUGGACAGAAUCCUAAAAUUACAGAUAUUCUAAAUAUGUUAGGGAUAUCAAAAAUUGUAGUUAAUUAUUCAAUUGUAGAUGACACAUUUAUUUAAAUUCAAGUUUA